GAGUAAGAGUAGAUUGCUGAUGUUUAAGCAGAAGAAGAUGCCGCCAUUGUUGAGCUGCAGGCAGUGCCACCUGCUCAGCGUCAGGUGCGAUCGUGGCACACCUUGCUCGAGAUGCGUCAAUGCAGGACGCGAGUGCACCUAUGACAAGGUGCUGGUAAACGGCAAAGGCAUGUACCUGAGAGACGAUGGCCGCACCAGACACGGCAAGCUCGUCGUCCCUGACGACCCUGCUGCAGCACCUCGAGCAGCAGCAGUGGAAGCUUCUGCUCCUGGUGGGCUUGCCUUCCGCGCCCCUACAUCUCUGGCGUGGUUUCUCUGGCCCUUCGGCCUUCACGCUCAUCAACGCGUCUGGCAUCCCUUUCCCUGGACCCCGAGCGCCGCUGAGUCUGCUCCUGCGCGCUGGCAGGACUUCAUGCCUAAGAAGAGCAGCGAGGGCGUGUCUUUAUCCCUGCGCCAGCACCCAUCAUCAGCAGCAGCUGCUGCUGAAAAGCACAAGGGUGAUGCCGACGACGGUGGCAGAGAGGAGAAGGACGACGACGAUGACGAUGAGGAGAUGGGUGAGGAAGACGAAGAGGACGAGAACAACAAGCAUGAUGGC